AUGAGUGGGGAUGAUGCUGCCUCUGUCCCGGCCGACGGCGUCUUUGGCCUGCGGAUCCUCAUCUCCAGCGUGUACUUGGUGGUGUGCGCCGUGGGGCUGCUAGGCAACUCCACGGUCAUGUACUUGGUCCGAGCCCAGAAGGGCAGGCCGGCUUCCGCCAUUAACGUCUUCAUCUUUGGCCUGGCGCUGGCUGACUUCCACUUCGCCCUGACCCUGCCCUUCUGGGCGGUGGAGACGGCCCUGGAUUUCACUUGGCCCUUCGGCAACGCCAUGUGCAAGCUGGUCCUCACCCUGACCGUCCUCAGCGUCUACGCCAACGUCUUCCUGCUCACAACCAUGAGUGUCACACGCUACUGCUCUGUGGCCUCUGCCGUCAGGCCCAGCCUCCAGCUGACUGCCGGCCUGGCCAAGAGGAUUGCCCUAGCUCUUUGGGUUGCAGCCUUGGGAGCCACCAUACCCACCACCAUCUUUGCCACAGUGACCAAUGUGGCUGGGGUGGAGCUGUGCCUCCUCAAGUUCCCCACCAACAGGUGGCUGGGGGUGUACCAUGUCCAGAAGGUGCUGGUGGCCUUCGUGGUGCCCUUGGUCAUCAUCUUGGCCUCCUACCUGUUGCUCCUGAGCUUCCUCCAGCAGCACCGGGUCAAUGCCAACAACCCUAGGAGGCAGAGCCAGAUCACCGCCUCCAUCUGGCUGGUAGUCACCUCCUUCUUCGUCUGCUGGUUCCCCAACCAUGUGGUGACUUUCUGGGGAGCCCUGGUGAAGUUCAGGGCUAUCCCUUGGGACAAGACCUUCUACUUCCUCCACACCUACAUCUUCCCCCUCACCACCUGCCUGGCCCACAGCAACAGCUGCCUCAACCCCGUCGUCUACUGCCUGAUGCGCAGGGAGUUCCGCAGGGCACUGAAAGAUGCUUUCUCGAGCCUCUUGGCUCAGGUGUCUUCCUACCUGCCUUCCUCCAUCUGCCAGGCAAGGGAGGAGGGCGCCCCCCAGGUGACUCUACCCUUGGACCAGAGGGGCAGGCCCAGCGGCGUGCAGGUGGCGAAGAAAGAAUACGCCCUGCUGUCCACCACCAUCACCGUUGUGCCUGAGCUGAGAGCCGAGGAAGCCAACUGAGCAGGGCGAGGGAGGGAUGGUCCCAGGGCCAGUGUCAACAAGGAGAUGCCGAAGUGAAUUGUAGCCCUUAUGACACACGGAUGGCUGCUGGGCUAACAGCAGAGACGCCUGGGCUAGCAGGGCAUGGGAUUGCCACGAGCACCAGCUGU